CUCAGUGAGCAAGGGCCCCGAUCUUUGGGAGUCGCACCUACCGAUAGUAGCCCGCAAGCGCGUUCCAUGGAAGGUCGUGGCAGGCAUCGGGGGCCUUGAGAUGGCCAACUGGCUUCUCCUUAGACCACUGAAGUUUCUUCGUCCGAUUUUGGACUCGGAGCCCUUCGUUGGCUGUGAGUCGCUGGCCAACAGUAUUAUUGUGGAUGACGUCAGCGAGGCUAUGGGCGAUUUAUCUCUAUUGAAGGCAGAUAUGCAAGCAUUUGGGCGUCAAAUGGAAGGUGAACAGGAGGAGAACGAAUGUCAAAAGUCCUCAAUUGUUGUGAAGUCGCCUGCCCAGAAUUGUGUGCGACAUUUGCCGAAGAAGGGACUAUCUAUUGGAGUUAACGACCUUAUGUUUCUCGUAGGCGUGUAUCCCGAUAUGAAGGCAAUGACCGAUUUGGAGAAAUUCGAAUUUCGCUUAGGAGUUUGCCGUAUCCUUCAUCAGUUGCAGCUCGAGGAGAGCUCCACAGAAUAUUUCACAUCCAGUGUCAGCGUAGAGGCCUCCCAGUCCGUGGAUGAUUCUGGUAUUCAUUUAGAUAACGACUCUUCCAGCGAAUAACUAACUGGAAUUGUGGUUUCAGAAUACACCCAUACACUCCCUACCCAAGCACUCGAAAUGAGCAGCAAACAAACCUCAAACACUUUAUGCAGCUUUCUGAAAACACACACCCUGAAAUGUAUUUUUUUCAGUACCCAUCAUAAAUGGGGUCGGCUGCGAUGCCUA